ACAACAGCAUAACAUUUAUAGUAGUCUGGAAUAUUAAUAGUGUGUGGCGUCUCAGGGAAGAAGAGAAGCUAAGAAGGCAAUGAGGGCUUGGAAGCAUCUGGGAGUGGUGGAGACCAUACAUGAAGAAAAAGAAUACGAAUCCUCCUCCACCUCCCCUUCUCUCUCCCCUUCCAUCUCUUCUCCUCCCACACCUCUCCAUACCAAAGUACAGGCAUGGUCGCUAGCAUGGGGGAAGAAGGCAGACAUCUUGAUACGCGUUCAUGGAAGGUGUUUUCAUCUGCACAAGGAUGCUCUGACAUCAAGAAGCGCCUACCUAAAACGGGAAAUAGCGGGAAUCUCGGAGUUUACACUAUCUCCACCGUUAAAAAUAACGGCCGAAACGUUCGCUCUCGUAGCGGACUUCUGCUACGGGACCAACAUCGUCAUAACGCCGUUCAACGUCGCGGCUCUCAGAACGGCAGCUGAGUUGCUGGGAAUGACGGGGUCUGACGGCGAAGGCGAGGAGAACCUGCUGCAGAUAACGGAGACCUACUUCCAUCGGAUUAUUGCCGUUAACCGAGAGUACGCGUCGAUAGUGUUCCGCUCGUGCCUUUCUCUGCUUCCCGAGGCCGAAACGACGGCGUAUCUCGUGAGCCGGUGUGUUGAGGCAUUGAGUUCGGUGGAGGAUAACGGUAAAGGCCGCGGCAAUGUCGCUUGUUUUGAUGACGGUAUACCGAUGACCCCCGAGGAUUUCAUAAUAGUCGCCGAGUCCAUGCACCGCCGAUUAACGAGCCAUGACGUUCUUUAUAGGACCGUUAAUCUUUAUUUCAAGGGAUGUAGUGGGAAGCUUACAGAGGAGCAGAAGACCCAUAUAUGCAAUUCCAUUGACUGUAACAAGCUCUCGCCUCCACUCCUCUUAGAGGCAGUGCAAAACCCUACAAUGCCACUGAGAUUCAUGGUCCAAGCCAUGUUUGUGGAGCAGCUCAACACCCGGCGCUCUAUUUUGUCCGCCACUGACAGCAGCCAACCUCGGUGCAGGCAGCCGCAACGGAUCAUCCUCAGCAGCAAUAAAGUCGAGGACAGCCCCACAAUUACCCUAGGCGCGAUCCUUCAGCGUGAAACGGCGGCUCGCCAGGCUGCUCAUCUCAAGGCCGCAAUGGACGCCACCAGCUCCCGCAUCGUGAGCCUGGAGAAAGAGCUGAGCGUCAUGAAGAAGCUCUUGAACGAGUCUGAGACGCAGAGAAUUAGCAUAAUGGAGUCCGCUCGGUCUGCGAGCUUCCAUUACGGCUCACAGAAUAAGAUAGAAAGAGGUGAGAGACGAUCGGCUUCCUCGGUGAGCUUGCGGUUUUGCGUGAGAGGAGAAAGAGUAGGAGAAGGGUCUUCGUCGUCCUUGGAGACUCCAAGAACAAGAAAGAAUAUGAGACGAAGGUUGAUGGAUGGCUUAAAGACUGCGUUUCGGGCAUCCAAGAACAGGUUUGAGAGUAGUAAGUCAAGCAGGGUGGACGAAGAUGAAUAUGCGGAGGUUACUUUCACAUAGAAGCCAUCGGCCAUGGAUGGCUCUGUAACAUUUCUUCUUCUUCUUCUUCUCUUUGUGGAUGUUUAUAUAAUUUGAUACGUGUAGGCAAAAACUAAUUUUAUUGUUCUUAUUCUUUUAGAAUUAAAGUUUGAGAAUCUGCCUUAAUAAUAUUAAUGUACAUAUAUGAUGA